AUGAAUUUCUCUGGCCAGUUGGUACAUCAAGCUCUACUACGACAAGUUGUAACCUCUGCUAAAGAAGAAUCUGGUGUGAUAUUAUUCAGGUUCAAAUUUGCUGGAAAGAGGGCAACAUUUUCUAUUGCUGAAUUUGCUCUUAUCACUGGUUUGUUAUGUGGUGAUGUCCCUCCCCUGUCUAGCUUGAUUGACACUUCUGUGCAUAGGAUUAGGGACUUGUAUUUUGGUGGAAAUAAGAGCAUUGGUAGAAAUAAGUUAGAUGAAGUUUUCAUGAGUUGUGAUCCUGAACCUGGAAAGGAAGAAGAUGUGUUGAAGCUAGCUCUGGUAUAUUUUUUGGAGUCUGUUUUACUGCCUAGGGAGCGUAGUAGGAAUAUAGAUAUCCAGUGGUUGCAAUUGGUUGAUAAUGUUAAUGUGUUUAAUAAGUAUCCAUGGGGAUCUAUGAGCUAUGCACGUACUGCAAAGUCUCUUGCAUCUGUCAUGGUAGGUCGUGCUGAAAAAUUUAAAAAAAGAUCGACAAAGAUGGAAAAGUACAGCAUAUAUGGAUUCCCGCUAGUACUUCAGAUAUGGCUUUAUGAAGCAGUGUCGCGCAUCGGUAUGUCUUACGCAAACGUGAGGGAAGAAAACCGGUUUCCCCGAAUAUUGAACUGGAGCAGCACUGCCACUCCAGAAUCUAAUGCUAUUGUCUCCAAUAUUUUUGAUAUGAAAAAGCUAAAAGUGCAUGAUACGCUUGUCCCUACUGAUUUAGAGUUAGGGCAGGAAUAUUUGAGUAGUAUUGGAAGCCCCAAGUUAAAGGAGACGACCAAUGUUGUGGGGAGCUCCAAGACAAAGAAAAAGAGCUCAAAGAAGAAGAGUAAUGUAGCGGAUGAGAGCAAUGUUGUGGUGGAUGCGUUUGAGAAUUUGUUUGGAGAUGAGGACAAUAAUCGCCACAACCCUGAGAUUGAGCGAGAGGAUGAUCCAAUGGGAAGAGUUAUUGAGAAGUUACUUGGGAUGGAGAAGGUGUUGAUUGAGCAGAAAAAAAUAAAUAGGUUGUUGAGGAAUGAGGUUACAACUUAUUUUGAUGCAUUUUUCCAGUCUGUGGAGGAUAAUAUGAAGAAACUAGUGGAAUUUAGAAUAGGAACUAACAUGGAGGUGGAUGAUGAGGUUCUAAGUGAUGAGAUUGAACCUCAAAACAAGGGGUUGGAGAAUAAGGAGAAUGAUGCGAAGGAGGAGGAGGAUAAGGUAGAGGAAAAUGAGGAAAAGGUGGAAAAUGAGGAGAAGGAGGAUGAUGUAGUUCAAGUAAAAGAGAAUGAGGAGAAGGAGCCGGAGCAGGAGGAGGAGGAGGAGGAGGAGGUGGAGAAGGAAGAAGCUGUAGUUCAAAUAAAGGAGAAUGAGGAGAAGAAGGAAAAGGAUGAGAAUGAGGAGGCCGUAGUUGGAAGAAAUGAUGCGGAGUUGCCAAGUAUGGAGCUGGAAGCUGUGGAUGAACUAUUAGAGCUUUCAAAGCAUCGGUUUACACCAGAGAAGAUAAACAAGAACUCUGAAGGAGUGGAGGAGAUUAGAGAGUCUCAGUUUCCCACAGCUACACCAGGUGGGACACGCAAGUAUACCAGAAAUAAGAAUAAGCGUGCGAAGAGGCAUGGACCACAAACGAAAACACCAUUUACCUCCCCCAGCUUCAAGAGGAGGAAACUUAUGGUGGAAAAUGAGAUAGUUAAUCCAUUGACAGACGCUCCAAUAUUACAGUUGAAGCGAGCGUAUCCAAAGGAAUGGGCACGCGAUUUACUUGCUUUCAUGAAAGACAAUACACUUGAAAGUAAGUUGAUAAGUUGGGAGCCAUGUCAAGUGGACAAGAAUUGGUUUGUGGAUGCCAUCAGACCAGAAACCUGGUUAUCGGACAAGCACCUUGAUGUGGCAAUGUACCAUAUUCGUAGAAGGAUUGCCAAUAACCCUGAAGUUUUUAAGAAGAAGUAUACAGUGCUCGACAGUUUUUUCUUUGUCCGGGUUACGCAAGCUUUCAUACUUUUCAAUGAAAGCAAGGAUUGUUCUUGGGACAAUGAUAAUCUGAUUUUGGACUAUGUAAUAGGAGAAAGUCCAGUGAAAUCUGUGUCUUGGUCUAACGUAGAUUACGUUUACUUCCCUGCCAACUUCAACAAUGCACAUUGGGUGGCUGUAGAGAUGAUCUUGGGGGAAAGACAGAUUAACGUGUAUGACUCGCUUACAAGCUGCACAAAAAUUCCAAAAUUUAAUGAAUUAAUGCAGCCCUUGAAGUUGAUGAUGCCAUACAUAUUAAGAGCAGCUGCGUUAAAUGAUGAAAAUCUCUCUCCCUGGAAACUUAAAAGGGUAUCGUCCUGCCCUCAACAAAAUAAUGGAGGAGAUUGUGGCAUGUUCACCAUCAAGUUCAUUGAAGUAUUAACUGCAAGCAUGCCAGUUAGUCUAAUAACUCAAGAGGACAUGGUAUUCUACAGGAAAAAGUUCACUAUGGAGGCAUGGGGUGGAGAAUUUUUAAUGUAA